AUGCAGACAAGAACGAUAGCACUCAACGACAUGGAAUCCGUGCAAAGGCUGUCAGCUAACGUCGAAGGUAAAUGUCAGAAGUACUCGAGGAUCGGGCCAUUAACUCUGGUUCCCUUGGACCCAGAGAAAGAAGYUAAUCUGCCAAACAUCAAAGCAGCUUGUCAAGCACAUUUCAAGAAAAAUCUCGAGUGCGAUGUCUUAGCUGGAGAGAGGGGACCCUCAUUUACCGAUGUCGGCCAGAUCGAGAACUGGAAGGUAUUACAUGUCCGGUUUAUUGAUAAUGCUAGCCAGCACACUGUCAUUGACAGCGGUCCUUCAAGUACCCCACUUAACGUUAACAAGGAAACUCCGGUGCGUGAACUCAGCGGAAGAGUCAAAACCAAACCAGAAAAUGGUAUAAUCGUCCCUUCAGUUGUGGCAUCCGUGUCAUUGAGCCAAAUGCUAAAGGUUGGAAAAGUUAUCACUCCGGAAGUUGAUAUUGUUACCCUCCAGCUGGAAGAGUUUUCCGUAACAGAUAUGUGGAGAGAGCCCUUUGAAGCCAAGUUUACACUACAAAGAAAGCCAUUUUCAGAAGGGGGUGUUCGUGAAGCUUUUCUGGCCAAAGCGAUCAGUAGUAUGCCAAAAGGAAAGUACGUCGUUAAAAAGUAUCGUAGAGAUAAACGUCAAGACAUUUUGGAACUUUUUGGAACACUUGAAAAUCAUACCAGAACAACCGUCCAAAUGAAUUCUUUAGCACGCAAUUUCGCGCAAAACUUAGAUUUGAAAAGGCCUACUCUUGAAUAUGGAGAAACCUUUAAGUAUGUGAAGGCCUUUUUCACUUCACUGGGUAAUGAAUUUGUUACAGUGGAGGACUUUAUUGAUGGAAAUUUCCAAAAGUACAUAAACAACACUGGAGAAAUUUGUCUUAAGGACGAUGAGGACAUAACACUUAAAGCAGAAGCCUUCGUCCACUAUACCUACGUUAGGUCUGAUUUCCAUUUGAUGGUCACUGACAUCCAAGGUGUUGGUUACACUCUCUGUGAUCCCGAAAUAGCCAGUUCAGUCCUUCAAGAUAAGGACAGCUCAAUUUAUUUUUGUUCAGGAAACCUAUCACAAGAAGCCAUCAACACCUUUUUUAAUGGGCAUAACUGCAACAAAUUUUGCAAUCUUUUAAAGUUGCCAUCGCUUUGCAAAUCAGUUGCAAAGUGACUGUUUGAUACUGGAUUAUCAAUUUUUGUCUCUUUCUCGAAACAAAAAAACAAUCCAACAACAAAAGAAUGCCUUAUGCUUGAGAGCAACAGCAAUG